GGCGGCCGCGGCGGGGACGCGGCGGAGCGGGACACGGGUCCCUGAGACUCCGGCUGUCACGCCCGCAGCCCCGCGGCGCCGGCACUCGGAGGCGCUUCCGCGUCCCAGGAGGAGCCGAUCUUUUUCCUUCGGUCUCCGCCUCUUUGGCGGCAGGCGCACCUCGGUCGGGAGGACAGGCGUUGGCGUUAAUCAGAGGAGUGGAUGUGUUUACAAGAUGUGAGUUGUAUUCGUUCCACCUUUACCUUCUGAGGGCUUCUUGCACCUCAUGGUGACAGGUGCGAAAUCGAAGGCCAACAUGAAGCCCGUGAAGAAAAAGAAAAUCGAAGAACCUGAAUUGGAGCCCCUGUGCUGCUGCGAGUACAUAGAUCGAAAUGGGGAGAAGAACCACGUGGCUGCUUGUUUGUGUGAUUGUCAGGAUCUCGAUGAAGGCUGUGAUAGAUGGUUUACGUGUAAAUCAGUACAGCCAGAGACUUGUGAAAGAAUCAUGGAUACAAUUUCUGAUCGCCUCCGAAUUCCUUGGCUUAGGGGAGCCAAAAAAAUUAACAUUAGCAUCAUCCCGCCACUCCUACUGCUGCCUGGCUUCCUGCAUGUGGCGUCCUGGCAUUUCCUCUUGGGGGUAGUGGUGUUGACCUCCCUUCCUGUGCUGGCACUGUGGUACUACUACCUCACUCACAGAAGGAAAGAACAGACUUUGUUUUUCCUGAGCCUUGGACUGUUCUCCCUGGGCUACAUGUACUAUGUGUUCCUGCGGGAAGUGGUCCCCAGAGGGCGCGUGGGGCCUUCACGGCUGACCGUUCUCACCUGCGGGUUAUUUCUAAUACUCUUCGCCUUGUACAGAGCCAAGAAGAAUCCCGGCUACCUCAGCAGUCCAGCCAACGAGGCCACACCCCUGAGCAACAGCCAGAUUGAAUGCCUGAGCAGAGAAGGCCAGGAAAAGACCAAAGGGUUCCUCGCAGCAGAUCCUUCGGGCAGUGUCAGCAGCCGUGCAGUGAAGGGUGACCUGAAGAGCUCCUCCAGGGUGCUGGCUGGGAGCCCCACCAAGGUCAAGGAGGACUGGUGCGCCAAGUGCCAGCUGGUGCGCCCAGCCCGGGCAUGGCAUUGCCGGAUCUGUGGCAUCUGUGUGAGGAGAAUGGAUCAUCACUGUGUCUGGAUAAAUAGCUGCGUUGGAGAAUCAAACCAUCAAGCAUUUAUACUUGCUCUUCUGAUCUUCUUGCUCACUUCGGUGUACGGAAUAACACUCACCCUGGAUACUAUCUGUAGAGAUAGAAGUGUCUUCACAGCUCUCUUCUAUUGUCCUGGAGUUUAUUCAGAUUACAGCUCGGCUCUGUCCUUCACCUGUGUGUGGUACUCUGUGAUCAUUACUGUGGGGAUGGCCUACAUCUUCUUGAUCCAGCUGAUAAACAUCAGCUACAAUGUGACCGAGAGGGAAGUGCAGCAGGCCCUUCGGCAGAAGACUGGGCGCCGGCUCCUCUGGGGGCUCAUCGUGGACACGGGCCAGUACAACAGGGGCUUCCUGCGGAACUGGCACCAGUUCUCCACCCUGGGCGCAUGUGCAGUCCCCCACCCUGCCGAGGACAUCGUCUGAAGUGCCUUCUGCAGCCUCGCCUCCUUUCCACUUCCGUAUCCACACAGAAUGUCCAUUGUUGUCUCCAGCUUCUUAAAGGCAUUCAGGGCCAUGCUUAGGUUGGGAGAUUAGACUGGACAGAAUUAAUUUUUCUGACUUCACAACUGAAGGGUUUUUGUACUGAAGCAGUCAAAGUAGAGCCAUUUCUUUCCAGUCACCUUAUUAAUAGAUUGAGUCAGGAGAAGUGGAAAAGGAUGUGGAUUACUAAAGCACAGAUGGGUAGGAGCAAUGCUUGUUCACUAGUAGGAAGAGUUUUAGAUUAGGAUUGUUUCUAGGCCCGCUCUGAAUUACUAAUAGCCAUGUGACCCUUAGUUGAGUCACUUUCUGAAGUCUCAGGUUCCUCUGUUAUGUGGGGUACUGUUGCCUGCCCUGGCCACCUCAACCAGUGUGAGGGUCACGUGAGGGAGCAGGCAUUUGGAAAGCACUACCAAGCAACAGAAGCACCCCAGGUGUAAAGUAUUACUGGACUUUAAUCCUAACACCCAGAAAAAAAUGUUUGUGCGUCCAAAUAUCGAAGCCAGAUUUAUCAGGGUCAUUAGAUUUCAAACAUAUACUAUACUGUGUAGUGCAGCAAUGCAGGGUUCUCCUUAAGAAUUAGAUGCUAACUACUCUUACAGGGUAGGAGACUAGUGACUGAAGCUAGUUGUCUGGCCCUGAAAGGACGGUUGCGGUGGCGAAGAUCCUUGUUUUCAGUGUAGUACCUAGUGCUCGUGAGUUUAGGUGAUGGGUCUUUCUUUUCUUUCUCUGUGUUCUUCUGGAUGUACUGAACUGACUCUGUUAGGCAUUCAUGCUUUUCCUCUUUCCGUGCUUCACUUUACUUGGUAAGGUGCUGGCGCACUGUGGUGGCGGCUGCAAGAGGAGCAGACACUCCUCUGAGAACACUUCGCCCUCUCCUGGGUAGGGAGGCUGGUUAAUAUCAAGGGCUUGAUUUUUUUGUUCAUAUAAUUCAAAUGCUGUCAGUUUAUAGCACUAAAUUGCAAAAAAUCAGUCUUGUGGCAUUCACAUUAUUCUGGCAUGAACUUUCCUAGAGGUGGUGAUUGACACCUUCCCAUUGCACUCGCACAUUGCUUCUCAUUCACCUUCCUUACAUAAAAGCGUCUCACCAGGAGAGACGGAACAGGGAGUGUGUGAUUUCCAGAUUAAUGGAUUGGUAUUCUUCCCUUGUUUUUUCCCAAAGAACAAAUUGUUACUUUAAUCAUAUUUCAAAACUGAAAAUAUAUAAAGGAUUACAUAUUUAUAUAGAAUGGCUUAUUCUGCCAAAGAAUUAAGAUGGAGAUUUAGAUGGGGGAAAGAAAUUACCAUCAUGAACUGUUUGGUUUUAUACAUGCACUGCUCUACAAUCCCAAAGAUAAUUGAUGAAUCCUUCAGUUUUCUGUGGCUUGUCCCUUACUCCAGAGAAAAUAUUGCAAACGUUUUCUGUCAUUCUGUGCUUGCUGCUUUAGUGAUGGAUUCACGUGUUGGGAGGAGACAUUGCUGCUUCCUGCUCCUCUGCUCUCUAGCUCUACAGACAUCAUCCCUAGUCUCUCCACUAAGUGGGGCUGUGCUUAGCAGAGUUGUCACAUUUUUAUUCAGGCUUGUCAUUGCUCGCCCCAGAGAUGAACUGUUCAACAAAUGACAGGCUCUGUGCUCUGCUGGGAUGGGGCGAGCACGGACCCUGGGGAUGGCAGCAGAGGCCGCAGUUUCGGCAGGCAUGCCCUCUCCUUGGCCCAGAUUCAGAUACUCCCUUCAAGUUGGUCCAGAUAUCGCCAAUUUGUCUGUGUAGAUUUUUAGAUAAGAGAAAUGGUAACACUGUCAAAGCAUAUGUACGCAGAAAUAGGUAGUUUCUUGAAUGCCAGCUAUAUAGCCAACUCUGAUUUCUAGCAACUGAUAAUAAAAAUUCAGAAACAUUAGAGUAGUCAAUAAUUGCAGCUUGCCAAAUCUUUUAGCAGCAAUCCACAUGUGAUGAAGAGAACAGCUGAAGCCACUGGAGAGAAUUAGAAAGGUUCACCAUCUUUGGAACAACUCCCCCAACCCGUUUGCCUGGGCGGGAGCUCUCUACUUACUAUUCUGACCAACCGGAAUUAUGCUUAUUUUAAGUUCCUUGAGAACUCACUAUUGGCACCUCACAGAAGAAAGCUUAGAUUUGGAAGGUUCUGGGUUUUGAGGACUAAAAGCCUUCUGAAGUGUUUGGGCCAAAACAACCAAAAAAAAA